AUGUCUUUAAUCUCACCUACUGACGAUUCAUUACAAUCUCUUUUAAAGCAGUUAAACACUGAAUUUGACGAAUGUAUAAAUCAAAUAGUGCCAAGCGACUCAGAUAAUGUUGAGAAAUCCAGUUCUUCCCAAGAUGAAUCGCAAGCGAAUAAAUCCCAUCUCCUUAGGUUUCUACAGAUAGCAAAAAAAUUAGAAACAGUUUUAUCAAAGAUUAUUCAGUCAGAAAAACAGCAGGAACAAAUUGCCUUACAAGAGGAAAUCAUUGGGUUACAACAAAAUAUAGCGCAACAAAGAGAAGUUAUUGAGAAAUAUACUGCUUUAGUUAAAGAGUGGUCGAAAGAAUUUAGGGAAUUAGAAGAAGAAAAUAAAUUACCCCUAUAG